CAAAAGAAAAACGAAAAUCCAUUUGGACGGAGCUUGAAUUUACUCGCUUGUCUUCCUUCCACCCAGAGGUUCGGCCGCAGUUUUCUGCAACCUUAAAAGCAGCCUAACCUUCGUAAGAAUGCUCUGAGGUAGCGUGACCGUCCUCUGCUCAUCAUUUGACUAUAAUGGAUCCGGCAGGCUUCCGUCAUGCUUCUAACAAUGCCCAGGUCUAGUCCAUGGGUUUGAGUCGGCUGGAUGUAUUUUACAGAAGGCUUCUCCUCACCAAACUUUUCAUUGGGGGAUGGGGGAAGCCUGAAGACCUUAAAAGAAUCUUUGAGUUUCGAAAGAUAAUUGGAGACAGAGAGAAGUGCAAGACACUUGUGCCUGUGGACUAUCCUGUUUAUGUAAACAAGACAGAGGAGCUCACUGACUGCCACAUCCAUGAUGGUUUCUUCAUUUCUCCACUGGAGCAUUUGGUGCCAGGCAUCCUGCCACAAGAGGCCGUCAAAGCAAGGUUCCAAUUUAUUGUACCAAAGAGGUGGCAGAGGAACAGACCAGUAUGUAUUCAGUUAGCUGGGACUGGAGAUCAUUUUUUUUGGCGUCGUCGGACCUUGAUGGCCAGGCCCAUGAUCAAGGAGGCAGGAAUGGCUUCUCUGCUUCUGGAAAAUCCAUAUUAUGGCUAUCGUAAACCCAAAGAUCAACUGAGGUCGUGUCUAAAGAAUGUGUCGGACCUGUUUGUGAUGGGAGGGGCUUUGAUCUUGGAGUCAACCGUGCUGCUGCGCUGGCUGGAGAGAGAAGGAUACUGGCCCUUAGGAAUGACUGGCAUCUCUAUGGGAGGAUAUAUGGCGUCUCUGGCAGUGACUAACUGGCCCAAACCGAUUCCUCUGAUUCCCUGUCUGUCGUGGUCUACUGCCUCCAGUGUGUUCACCACGGGUGUGCUUAGCAGAGCAGUGAACUGGGCCGAGUUGGAGAAGCAGUAUGCAGUUAAUUCAGUGUAUGAGACGGAGAUCAUCAAGCUGCUGGAGUACUGUGGGGCUGAUUCUUUUAAGAUGGGAACAGAACUGCAGAGGAAUGUGGACUCUUUAGGGAAUCUGCUUGGCCUUGCUGGAGCUCUGCCAACCAAAGAUGGUCGCUUCGUUAAAGUGGAGACGCAGUCUGAAGUCGGCUCAUCACUAUUCAGCAGCGGCAGAACUGUUACCGGAACCAUCACUGUGGGUCAUAGAAAGAAGAUGAACUCCCACAAAUGCUGUCGGCCAUCGCUGCACACAGAGUCAAUCAGCUUCAUGAAAGGAGUGAUGGAUGAAUGCACACACAUGGCCAACUUUUCUGUUCCCGUAGACACUGGUCUCAUAAUUGUGGUGCAGGCCAGAGAGGACGCCUACAUUCCUCGAACAGGAGUCCUCAGCCUUCAGGAGAUUUGGCCUGGAUGUGAAAUCAGAUACCUGAAUGGAGGACACAUCAGCGCUUACCUGUUUAAGCAGAAUUUCUUUAGACAGGCCAUUUAUGAUGCAUUUAACAGGUUUUCCCUGAAGUAUCCAAGCUCCCAGUAGUUGUGGGAGGCUGAGGCCCUGUUGACGCUGCGACAGACACCACAGCCUGAAGAAAGGACAAGAACUUCAUGGACAGCAGCAACGAUCAGAAACACUUUAGUUCAUCCAGCAAGCAGUGGCAGCUUUUGUAUUGCCUCCUCCUGAUUUUCCUGACUUGCCUGGCGUCUCUGGAAAACUAAAACUAAUGUGGAUGACUGAAGAUUUGUGUGCCAGUAUGUGUUGAUUAAGGAUAGACUUAGACCUUAUUUUGUUAGGACCGUGUAGGAAUCAUGGAACAUUGGAGGUGAUCUCCUGUUUUUAUUAUUUUAAAAUCUCUGGACUUGGAAAUCUCUGGAUUUCACAAGUAGGCAAAUUUACAAUAAGCUACAGAAAUCAUGAAUGUGGGAGCGUAAUUACAGAAACAAAGUAUUCUUUUAAAGCUGCAAAAAAUAUCAGCCUGAGAAUUUCUUGCUGUAUUUGGAACACUGUGCAAAUUUCAUAAAUUAAAAUGUAGUUUUGUGAAUAUUUUAAUCAUUUUUUUGUACCUUCUUUUCUUAAAUAUAAUGAACCUGAAUGCUGUUGACUUGUGUGUUCUUUGUUCUUCCUCUUUUGAGUUUGUGUGUUGGCUCUGAGUUUGUUUGGUGUGUAGAUGGUUCAGUCUUUGACCAGCCAGAGCUGAUUUAAACAAAUGUUUAAAAUCUCCCAGACGCUCUGCAGCUGGGUUGUUGUCAUGUCAGCAAUCAUUGUGCAUCUGUAGUGUGGGUCCAAAUCUGCAAGAUGCUCAAAUGGAAACUGUUGUAUUCAAAGAUUUUAUAGGAGAACAGAGAUCAAUUUUUAUAUGAUGUUUGUUAUCAUGAUGUAAACAUUGUCUCCUUAACAACUGAUACUCAUUUAAUUUGGAAACAUUUUAAAUUUGGAGACAGUUUUGGUGAUUUCUGAUAACUAUGCUCCAUUUAGAACUGGAGUAUCUGAUCCAGUUAUACAGUGGGCCAACAUUAAAGACUUGAAGAAAGUCAGCCUUGAAAACGUGCCUAAUUGAGGAUAUUUUUCCUUUCCAUGUGAAAAUGAGCAAAACUUUACUGUAAGCACACUUGACAUCAAAUAAGCCAAUCAAUAAUUUGCAUCUUACUCUCACUUUAGCCUUCUGAGUAAAAUGUCUAUGUAGCAAUUUUUCUAAACUCUGACGUUAAUCCAUCCAUCCAUUGUCUAAUUGUUACUCUACUUUAUUCUUUUAAUUUUUUUAAACUACUUUCCUUGAAACAGUUUUGGUCUAUGUAGAUUCUUCCAUUUUGAUCUUGAAACCCUAGAAGACAUUCAAAUUGAGAAGUACUUUAUUGAUCCCAAAGAGAAAUUAAAUGUUGUAAAGCAUUUAAUUGAAGAGUUAUCAUAUUGCUUUGAAUGUUGACAAUAAAAGACUUUAUAACUUCA